AUGUUUGCAGGAGUACACGCCGUCCGAUGUGCCAGGAAAAUGCACAAGCCACUCCAGUUGAGGAGUAGGUCAUGUCUUGAUGAUAGACAGGUCAACACCAUGAAGCUUGCGCCUCCGGAUAAGUGGUCGCAGCAACGAGAGGGGUUUAUAUUUUCGCUUCACCCGAGGCUCCAGCAGCCCAUUGCACUUCUUCACCUUCCUGUCCUUUUCUUUCCAACCACUUGGGGAAGUUUCUACACACUUACUAUUACUACCCUCACCAUGCUUGCGGCGUGGUAUAUAGAAGGAAAACCCGAGGGAGGGCGGCCCGGAUGUUGUCCUGAAGCCCCUCGCGAGGAAGGCAGACGCCAGAGAGAAAAAAAAAUUGCAUUUAGCUUUGCUGUCACAGUCGAAAUGUCACCACGAAGUGUCCGUGGAGCUGAGCCGAUGGUUGUGAAGAACAAAAUCAGCAAAGCAUUGUGGCAUGUGUAUGGGAUUUUGGUCAUUUAG